AGAAUUUGUGUCAAAAAUAUUUCGUUUUCGAGGUUCGGCUGCAAUUAUACGCAAUUUGUGUUGAUAAAAAGUAAAAUCAUCUCGAUUUAUCUAAAAGAUGAGUUCUGGAUUCAUUUCAGAAUCUGAAAUUGUAGAAGCAAGAAGGCGGCGCCAAGAGGAAUGGGAUAAAGUCAGAACCGAGGACCAGCCUCAAGAGGCACCAGAGGAACCUUACGAUACUAGACCACUAUUCCAGCGUCUAGAAGAGCAAAGGCUCAAGAAAGAAGCUGAGUAUGAAGAGGCUCAUAAACUUAAAAACAUGAUCAAGGGUCUUGAUGAUGAUGAAGUCGGUUUUCUGGAUCUAGUGGAAAGAACAAAAGCUAAAGCUGCUCAACAGAUCUCUCUGGAGGAACAGAAAGAGAUGCAAGAAUUCAGGGAGCGAGUUUCAAACUUAGCAGAGAGUGAAGAAAUGUUGAGACUAAGGGCCCAACUAGCUCCCGCUCGUAACACUCAACCCGUUGUACAAAAUCAAAAGAAUAAGUUACAAGGGGUAAUUGUAAGAAAAAGGAAAGCUAGUGAUGUAGAAAAGGAAUCCCCGCCGGCUAAAGUCAACGGUGUAGCUGGUGACAGUGAAACUCAUCGGUAUAACGUUAGUUCUGAAACGGUAGAAGAUUGUGGUGCUCUACGAUGCGUGGGCGUGUUACCAGGACUCGGACACUACGAUACGGAUACUUCUUCCGACACUGACGACUCCAGCGACUUUGAACAGAAUGAUAAAUGCUGCAAACGUGAUCUUCUCGGACGACGGCCCGAACACAAUGAGGAAAAGACACAAAAGCAAGAAACUAAGAGUUAGAGUGACAGAGCUAGGUCUAAAAGUUAUGGAGCUACAUAUAUACGUCUCUUUCUUAUGUAUAGUUAUCAUAUAGGGGCCAUCCAUAGAUUACGUCCCACGCUAGGAGGGGGAAGAAGUCGAGGAAGUGUGACAUUUGUAUAACGGUGGGGGGGGGGGGGGGUUAAAGUCAUGUAUUACGUGUGACUUAAUUUAUGGACGGCCCCAAAUGACUGACAGGGAUGCCUCCAGUUACAUGGGUUUUCAUAAUUUUAAGUACCUUGUUUCUUGAGCGGAUCUCUAAUAAAAAAUGGUUUUCACUAGACACUAAGUAGUAUCCCAUAGUAACUUUGGGUUAAAAAAUAGAUGGUUCAUCACAUUCUAAUAUAUUAAUAGCUGCCCGCUAAAAAGCCGGUAUAACUCUUUGUCUAUAUAAAUGUAUAUUUCAAUGUUUCGAGUACAUAACAGCGAUAAUUUCGAUUUUCCCUAAUGCAUGCCCUUAUCAGCUGCGCAGGCGCAGACUAUCUAGGAGUCGUGUAAAUUAAUAACUAGUUUCAUGUAGAUAUUCACAAUAUUAUUUGUUUUCAAAUCAACAUUGCAGCUUAUCUGUUUUAUUAAGUUUUAUCAAAAAUCACCAUUUUUAAGUGAUCCUGUAUAAAUAAAUGCAAGCAAUAAACGACUUCGAUUUAUUUGUAUAAAAUGUGAUUGUAAUAUGUAAGAUAUUAAAAAUAAAAUUUUAAAAGCC